UCGCUUCCAUGCUUAUUAUUGCAGAUGCUAAGAACUGCAACGUUAUCCCAUGCAAGCUUGGAGACUGUAAAGACGACAAUGGGAUGAAGGCUCGGCACUGCGAAUGCCCAAAAACCCGAUUCCCGGAUCUAGCAAUAAAUUGCAGCAUAAGCACAAUGAAGCAUGACGAGUGCAAGAAGAAGAAUGCAAGUGCCAAGCUGCGCGAUGAUGGUAGAGUAGAUUGUGUUUGCAAUGAUGGCUUCAGGAUGAUCAAUGGCAUGUGCACAGACGUGGUAUGUCUAGAUUAUUCAAGUACCUGCAAGACACUGUGUAAGACUUCAAAUAUAGACCGGGCUCAAAGGCGAGGCUGCUGCUCCGGCUGGGAACCUCACAACUGCACCGCCCCUGGAAAAGUGAGCUGUGAACCUGGAUGGGUACUGAUUGGACAGUCUUGCGUUGAUGCCUGUACUGCUAACCAAACGGGGGAGUUUUGCAAGGGCGGCUGCACGCCUGGAAACGACAGCAUCGGCGUGGCUUUCAGCUGCAAGUGUGGUGCCAAUGAAGUCUUCAAUCCGAAAACAUUGACAUGCGAAAAGAGAAGAACGUGCAGCACGGUGGAGAAAAAGAAUUGUAUGACUUCUGGCUACACGCAUUGCCUGAUAGAAGAAGGACUACACAAAUGCUCCUGCAAUGAGAACGAGCGCUUUAAUGGGACGAAGUGCUCAAGUGCGUGCAGUGAAGAUAAAACGAGGCACUGUGGACUCCGAAACGCAACAUGUGAGAUAGAGAAUAACAUUGAAACCUGCACUUGCAAUUAUCCCAAGGCAUUUAACGCGGAUGACAUCUGCACAGAAGAGGGAAUUAAAUUUAUUGAAAUAGAAUUCGAGAUCCCCGACGACUUUGACACAACAUACAGCGCCGUCAAAGCGUGUCCAAGUGCGGAAGACAUUGCAGACUUGGUACGGCAAAAAACAGGCAACAAGCACAUAGCGCCGAGAAACGUUGUUUGUGAAGGAGAUGGGACCGUAAAGGUGAUGUUUGGCCUUGACCUCCACGACAGCGAAGAGGCACUAGCAGCUCUAUAUCAUCGUUCUACAAUCCCUGGCCGGCAGGGCCAGAGCCUGCUUGGCCGUGGCAUCUUCAUGAAAGUGAACAACCUUCAUGUUUCAUCUAGUGAAGCGAAGCAGUUUGCGAACGCCGUAAGCCUAAAAUCUGCGCCAUACACAGACAAAGUGGUUAGCAAGGGAUUGAAAGGAGGCCUGGUUGUGAUGGCAAGCAUUAUAGGAAUGUUCGUCCUAUGUGGUGCUUUCGCAGUGAUAUACAUUAUUUUGAGGGUGAAGAGGCGGCAGCAGGCACUUGUUCAAGGACAUUCAUAUCCAAAAAUCUGUCGGCCAGAAGAUGUUGCUGCUGAAGAAGGCGCUUCAAACAGAAAUGCUUGCCUUUAAUUCUUGCAUUCCCGUUAAGGAUAUUUCAGCUUUGCCCACAAGAAAUAAGAAGUGAAGAAGGAUAUCACGUUUGCUCACGUCAUGUGCAUCAUUAAUCGUCACAACCUUGACCUACAAUGCUCGCAAUAAAGUAUGCUAGCAAA